CCGCCUCCUGGCGCCGGCGGCCCUGGGGGCUGAGGCGCUGCGCCACUCCGGCUCGGGGCGGCUGGGGCGCUGGCCGGGGGCGGGGGUUCCGUGCUGUGGCCGAGCUCCGCCGGGCGCGCCCUCACCCCGGCUCCAGCCAGAGGCGCCUCGAGCCGGGCAGGGCGCUCAGCUCCCUCCGCUCGGCGCCGCGGCUGCGGAGGAAACUUUGCGCCCCGGCGGAGUUGGGCGGCGAGUGCCGCCGAGCCCGGCCGCUGCAGCCGGAGUCCAGGGCUCCGGGGUCCCGGCGGCCGCCUCGUGCGCUCCCGGGCGCGCCGGGCCCGGGGCCGGCCUCGCACUCACCCUCCGUCCUCUCUGUGCUCUGCCCCCCUCAGCUGGAGGCGUCGGACAUGCUGAAGCCCGGAGACCCCGGUGGCUCGGCCUUCCUCAAAGUGGACCCCGCCUAUCUGCAACACUGGCAGCAACUCUUCCCGCACGGCGGCGGCGGCGGCGGCCCGCUCAAGGGCGGCGGCGCCGUGGGGCCCCUGGGCGCGCCGCAAGCUCUCCAGCCGCCGCCACCCCCGGAGCGCGCUGAGCCUCCGCCCGACAGCCUGCGCCCGCGGCCGGCCUCGCUGUCCUCCGCCUCCGCCCCAGCUCCCUCUUCCUCCUCCUCCUCCGCGGCUUCCUCUGCCUCCUCCUGCGCCGCCGCUGCCGCUGCCGCCGCGGCCGCCGCCGCGCUGGCGGGUCUGUCCGCCCUGCCCGUGGCGCAGCUGCCGGUGUUCUCGCCCCUGGCCGCCGCCGCCGUGGCCGCCGAGCCGUUGCCCCACAAGGACCUUUGCUUGGGCGCCGCCUCGGGCCCCGGGCCCGCCAAGUGCGGCGGCGGAGACGGCCGGAGCGGCCCGCGAUUCCGCUGCAGCGCCGAGGAGCUGGACUAUUACCUGUACGGCCAGCAGCGCAUGGAGAUCAUCCCGCUCAACCAGCACACCAGCGACCCCAACAACCGUUGUGACAUGUGCGCAGACAACCGCAAUGGUGAGUGCCCCAUGCAUGGGCCCCUGCAUUCCCUGCGCCGGCUUGUGGGCACCAGCAGUGCCGCUGCCGCAGCGCCCCCGCCCGAGCUGCCAGAGUGGCUGCGGGACCUGCCACGGGAGGUGUGCCUGUGCACCAGCACUGUGCCAGGCCUGGCCUAUGGCAUCUGCGCGGCACAGCGGAUCCAGCAGGGCACCUGGAUCGGGCCCUUCCAGGGCGUGCUACUACCCCCAGAGAAGGUGCAGGCGGGCGCCGUGAGGAACACACAGCAUCUCUGGGAGAUAUAUGACCAAGAUGGGACACUACAGCACUUUAUUGAUGGUGGGGAACCUAGUAAGUCGAGUUGGAUGAGGUAUAUCCGAUGUGCAAGGCACUGCGGAGAACAGAAUCUAACAGUAGUUCAGUACAGGUCGAAUAUAUUCUACCGAGCCUGUAUAGAUAUUCCCAGGGGUACCGAGCUUCUGGUGUGGUACAAUGACAGCUAUACGUCUUUCUUUGGGAUCCCCUUACAGUGCAUUGCCCAGGAUGAAAACUUAAACGUCCCCUCCACGGUAAUGGAAGCCAUGUGCCGCCAAGAUGCCCUGCAGCCCUUCAGCAAGUCCAGCAAACUGGCCUCCACCAUCCAGCAGCGCUCUGUGGUAUUCCCCCAGACUCCGUGCAGUAGGAACUUCUCGCUCCUGGAUAAGUCUGGACCCCUCGAGUCGGGGUUCAGUCAAAUCAACGUGAAGAACCAGCGGGUCCUGGCGAGCCCGACUUCCACAAGCCAGCUGCACUCGGAGUUCAGUGACUGGCACCUCUGGAAAUGCGGCCAGUGCUUUAAGACUUUCACGCAGCGGAUCCUCCUGCAGAUGCAUGUGUGCACGCAGAACCCCGACAGACCUUACCAGUGCGGUCACUGCUCCCAGUCCUUCUCCCAGCCUUCCGAACUGAGGAACCACGUGGUCACUCAUUCCAGCGACCGGCCUUUCAAGUGCGGCUACUGUGGCCGAGCCUUCGCAGGGGCCACCACCCUCAACAACCACAUCCGAACCCACACUGGAGAAAAGCCCUUCAAGUGCUGAUGGGAGAUCUCUGCAGACAAUCUUUAAGCCAUCCGCAGGUCACAUGGAUCUGGAACUCAGAAGAGACUUCUGGACUGACUGGAAGACAUAUGUUCAGAAGCCAGAGUGAUUUAGAAGAGACAGUUAGGAGAGACAGAGGUAGGUCUGAUGGGUAAGAUCCAAGGGACAGUCUCUUCCUGUCAGCAUAAAAACAUGCAUUUUAAAGUUUGGGAAGAGUCUCCAAGUGUGCUCCCUAAAAGCCCUGGUUCUUUGUACUUCACCAACACCUUCUCUUUUUCCAAACCCUCUUAGUCUUGUCACCACUGAGACAAGACUGAGAGGUUG